AUUACUAAUAUCUAUGUGCCAGGAAAUAACCCAAAUUCAAACUAAACCCGAAAAAUGAAUGAAUGAAAUAAAAAAAAAUUUGAUUCCCAGCCGACCACAACAAAGAAAACAGCUUGGCAAACAAGUUGCAGGCCUCUGGGUUUUUUUUUUGGCUGUGGGUUAACAAAUUUAUAGUUGCAACUUUGUCGCGUUGGCGGAAAAAGCAGCGGACAAAACGCGUGCGAAACGCGCACAAAACGCUUACAUAAGUUGGCCAUUUGUAAGCGCCGCUGUAUGUGUGUGUGUUGCUGUUUUAAGGCUAGAAAAUUACCUAACCAAAUGCUUAAUGCAACUAGCUCAAAUUUUGAGAAAUUUCGCGUAUUUUGAAAACAGAAAAACAAAAACGCGCGCCCUCCCAAUUUUUGGCUUUGUGCGCGCGUCUUCUUGGCAACAAAAAAGGAAAAAUAUAAGGAAAAUAGAUUGGAAAUAAGAAAAAAAAGGGGUGGGGAGAACAAGAAGCAAAAAAGAGAAGGGGGCAAAAGAAAACCGAAAUUGUUACACGGUCAUUGCGGAGGUCGCGCCAAACUAAAAGAGAGAUUUUAUUUGCGAGCUGCCAAGGCAACAACAGCCAAGGGGAAUUAGAAAUCAAUUGACAUGCAAUGUUUCGUAAUAAUAAAUUGAAAAGGGAAAUCCCCGUCAAAUUUACAACUUGUUGAUUGCCAGCAAAAAGUAUUUAUUAUUUGCAAAAUUGCUAAAAUAGCAGAAAGGAUCUUAAAAGCUUACUGUUAACUGGACAGAGAAACUUUUAUUGGAUAGUUAAGAAAUUAUUGGCGUACAAAAAAAGUACCAAAAGGGCGAAACUGCAUCUUAUAGUGAUUAAAUUUAGAAGGUUGUAAAAGUUGGCGAGUAGAUAUUAAAAACGAAACGAUAUUAUGAAAUAUUUUAGAAGAAAUUGGAAUACCAGGAGCUGUUCAACUUUAAAGUUUGGUCGAGUUAGAGUGAUUUCACGCUCGAAAGUUAAAUAUUUUCUUUUCCUUCGUUUUGGCUUAUAAAUAUCUUUUCUUAAGCUCAGCUGAGUGAGACCAACCCACUUUUUUUUUACUCUUUUUUUAAUGUUCUAAACCAAACAAUAUAACACGGAAAAAAAAAACAACAAAGUCGAAACUUCAAAACAAAUAUUGGAAAAAUUCGAAUAAAAAGGUGUGCGCUUGUGAGCCGAAGGAACCGAAUGCAAAUUGAAAACUAAAGUUCGAGGAAACCAGAAGCCAGAAGCCAGAAACCAAAACAAGGAAGCGAACCCGUGUCCGUGUGAGGACCACGUGGGACUGUGUGUGCGUGUGUGUGUGGGUGUAGUGGGGACACCACUACAACAGCAGCAGCAGCAGGCGAAAUACUUUUUGUGCCAAGGACUCUCUCUGUUCACACCCCCCUCCUCUCUUUCCCUGCCACUCAACAAUAUAAGGAUAUAUUAUAAGGAAUAAGGAGCAGAUGGAGAUGGAGGAAGCGCGGGAAUGAGGCGAUGCGAAGCUAAAGCAAAACCAAAAGCAAAAGGACAACGAGGACAACAAACAACAAGGAGCAAAAGAAAAACAAAGGCAAAGGCAAAGCCGAGAGGAGGCCACCAAAAAAUAAACACACACAUUUGAAGAAUUUUAAUCGAAAACUGCCAAGAAACAAAUAUAUUUACAAAUAUAUUUAUAUACCUAGUAAACCAAAACGUACAUGCAUUAACAUAUAUAUAUAUAUAUAUACGAGUAUAUAUAUAGAUAUAUAGAUAUAUUGAAAUAUAGAGGAGAAAUAUGUUAUAUUUACUAUGAAGUGGGGAAGCGUGAUGAAAGCGAUACCCAGAAUAAUAAUCGAUGUAAAUAAAUGCUGCCAAUUUGAGGACAACACUGCGAACAAAAACCGCAACUGAGAUGCAUAAAACGCACAAGCACAGCAACAACAAUAAGCUAAAUCCACAACAACAACAACAACAGCAACAACACAUGAAGAGAAAGUUCACUUUUCCAACAGCGACAGCUGCGCCUGCGCCUUGAAAUCUGGUCUCUGGAAAUAUAUCGAAACAGGAGCCCCAGCAUUAUUAUAUAUAUCCAACGUAUAUAUAUAUAUACACACACAUAUAUAUAUAUAUAGAUAUAUAUAGAGGGCAGAUCCAUCAACGCACCACCGCAGCACAGGCAAGAGAAGCGUGCAGAGGGAAAUGAGAUGAAGUGGUUUCAAGUGACCAUAGAUAUGAUUCUUGUGCUUUCAUUUAUAUCAAGCAGCACAGCGAAUCCGGAUGCGAAGCGAUUGUACGACGAUCUGCUGAGCAACUACAACAAACUGGUCCGCCCGGUGGUCAAUGUGACGGACGCCCUCACCGUUCGCAUCAAGCUGAAGCUCUCGCAACUGAUCGAUGUCAACCUGAAGAACCAGAUCAUGACCACCAACCUGUGGGUGGAGCAGUCCUGGUACGACUACAAGCUCAAGUGGGAGCCCAAGGAGUACGGCGGCGUCGAGAUGCUCCACGUCCCCUCCGAUCACAUCUGGCGUCCCGACAUCGUCCUCUACAACAACGCCGACGGCAACUUCGAGGUGACGCUGGCCACCAAGGCCACGCUGAAUUACACAGGACGCGUUGAGUGGCGACCGCCGGCUAUUUACAAGAGCUCCUGCGAAAUCGACGUCGAGUACUUCCCCUUCGACGAGCAGACCUGCGUCAUGAAGUUCGGCAGCUGGACCUACGACGGCUUUCAGGUGGAUCUGCGGCACAUCGACGAGCUGAACGGCACCAAUGUGGUGGAGGUGGGCGUGGAUCUGUCGGAGUUCUACACGUCGGUCGAAUGGGAUAUCCUCGAAGUUCCUGCAGUGCGGAACGAGAAGUUCUAUACGUGCUGCGAUGAGCCAUAUCUGGACAUCACCUUCAACAUCACGAUGCGUCGCAAGACCCUCUUCUACACGGUCAACCUGAUCAUCCCCUGCAUGGGCAUCAGCUUCCUCACCAUCCUCGUCUUCUACCUGCCAUCGGACAGUGGCGAAAAGGUCUCAUUAAGCAUAUCCAUUCUGCUGUCGCUCACUGUGUUCUUCCUGCUGCUCGCGGAAAUCAUUCCGCCCACAUCGCUGGUGGUGCCGCUGCUGGGAAAGUUCGUGCUCUUCACCAUGAUACUGGAUACCUUCAGCAUCUGCGUCACCGUCUUGGUGCUGAACAUCCACUUCCGGUCGCCGCAGACGCACACGAUGGCUCCUUGGGUGCGGACCGUGUUCAUCAACCAGCUGCCCCGCUUCCUGGUCAUGCGGCGUCCGCUGUAUCCGAUCAGCGAGAUGAUAAAGUCCUCGCGCCGCCUGAUGGUGCGCACCUGCAACGGCCUCGAGCUGAGGGAUCAAAUACCACCGCUGCCACCGCCGGUGGCCUUGUCGCGAAUGCACCACAGCCCGAAGACGACUUCGCGGAGCACCUCGCCGCAUUUGCAGCACCGCGUGCAGACCUACAACCUGAUGGACGAGUGCGGCAUGGGAAUGGGCAUGGGCAUGGGCAUGGGUAUGGGAAUGGGCGGGGGGAUGGGUGGUGGAGGCGGUGGUGCGUCGACCAUCACCGGCCACUUGAGCUCACUGUACCCGCCGACAAUGUCGACGGCCAACCAGCAGACCUCGACGACGUCCUCGCUGAUCGACGCCCAGUACCACAAUCAGUACCAGCAGACGGGCGGCUCGCUGCUCGACCACCCGCUCACGCCCACCAAGUUCCGCCAGAUGACCUCCACCUCCAGCCAGACGGGUCAGAAUGGCGGCAAUGGUGGUGGUGCAACCAACUAUCAGAGCGGAGCAUCAGGAGCAGGAGGAGGAGGAGGAGGAGUUGGAGGAGGAGGAGGACACUUGUAUCGGCAGCAGUCGAGCUGCUCGGCGAACUUUUCGCCGCUGCCGCAACACGCCCACCAGUCGCACGCCUCCACGACGACCAGCGAUCUGGGCAUGGCCAAUCCGAAUGUGAUAAAGUCGACGACGACGGUUAACUCGGUGGCCACCGCCUCGACGCUGGCGGACUCCUGCUGCAGCGGCACCAUCCAGAUCCACCAGGGAAUGGGCGCCGGUGCCGCCUGUCAGUCGUCCGAGCUGCUGCACCACCAGCAGCUGCACCACCAGCAGUUGCACCACCACCAACAGCAGCAGCAGCAGCAGUCACAGCAGCAGCAGCACCACCACCAGCGACCCACCACUUCGGCAGCAGCAGCGGCAGCGGCGGCAGCGGCAGCAGCAGGCGGUCCCAGCACCUCGGCGGCGGCAGCAGCGGCGGCGGCGGCAGCGGCGGCCGGUACGCCACCACCACCGCCACCGCCGGCGGGCGGUAUCUGUGAUAUUCUGCCCGCCUGCCAGCGCGAGGGCGGGCCGCACUGCUGCUCGGGGCGUGGCAACGUCCGCCAGCGGUGGCACACCUGCCCCGAGCUGCACAAGGCCAUGGACGGGGUCACCUACAUCGCCGAUCAGACGCGCAAGGAGGAGGAGAGCACAAGGGUGAAAGAGGACUGGAAGUACGUGGCCAUGGUGCUCGACCGCCUGUUCCUGUGGAUCUUCACAAUAGCCGUGGUCGUCGGCACCGCCGGCAUUAUCCUGCAGGCUCCGACGCUCUACGACACCCGGAUGCCCAUCGAUAUCAAGCUAUCGGAGAUCGCCUCGACUACGGCCAAGCCCAAUGUGGCCAGGCCCGUGUUGUAAGCGGAUCGAUAAGUCGAUAGAUCGAUCGAUCGAUUGCCAGUUUCGCGGAGGGCAAAAACAACACACACCACACACAGUCUGAAGAAGCCAACAAAAGCAACCACAAAAACACAAGUAAUGAAUGAAAUUCGCAUUUGUUUUUUCUUUAACAACAACAAAACAACAAAAACCAAAAGAGAGGGGGUAAACAAAUAACCAAAAAACUUGUUCCAAAAAUAACAACAAAAGAAACGAAGAGGAAGAGGAGAAUCCAAGUAACUAUAACUAUAACAUUGUAUUUGUUGUAUACAUAAAAGGUAUAACUAACUAUAAAUAAUUUGUACACUAAUGUUUAAACAGGCAAAACGAUGCUAAACAAAACGGUUUUUUUUCUAGGCAACUUAAAUGAACAGAGUCAAACGAAAACAAAACAGCAAAGAACAAAGAAUUAAGUAAAACUAGUUCAACUGAAACGAGGCGCAAAACAGUAUGCAACAGAUAAUUAAAUACGAUUUAUGGUAAUAAUUGAGAGCGAAAUUAAAUUAGUGAAAUUAAAUUAGCCUAGCCAAACGUCAAGAAUAACGAGGUAAAUUGAAAAGAAAAGUGUAUUUGUUUAACAAGAAACCGAGGAAAUGGAGGACAACAUUAGUUAGCUAAGCGAACCAAAAUAAAGGAACAGGAAAAAGCCAACAAAAAGGCGUAUAUAGGUAUGUAUGUGUGUGUGUGUGUGUGUGUAUGUACAGUGAGACAAAUUGGAAGAAAUGUAACUGAGAAUUCCCAAUUUAUGAAGCUUAUCUUUAAAAGUUUUAGGACAAAAAACAUUAUUCAAAUUUAAUCUUUUUAUCUUCAAUUCAAUUUCAAUUUAGCUUCCCUUACAAUUUAAACUUAAGUAUUUUUCUAACGCUAGAAAUCUCUAGAGAUCUUCAUAAAUUCGGAAUUCUUCUUUACAACUCUUUUCUUCGUGUGUCAAUGUGUGUGUUGCCGUGUGUGCAUGUGUGUGAGUUUGUUGAGUGUGUGUGACUGCAAAUGAGGCAUGCAAAUUAGUGCAAAUAAACCGAGGGAAAGUGAGAGAGUGAGACAAGGGGGAAAGUGCAGCCCCGGGCCCCCGGAAAAGCCGGAAAACCCCGAGCCCCCCUCCACGAUUUCGCCUUGGGGCAAUUAGUUAGCACAAAGCUUUAGUUAUUAUGCCCAAGUGUACGUGGACCUGUAUCUGUAUGCGUGUUGGUGCGAGCGCAUGUGUGUGCAUAGUAAAUAAUCACCAUUAGAAAUUCAAAUUCAAUUUUGGCGCUUGCACUGCCUAAUUGGCAAAAACGCGUCCAAGUUGCUCACGUUUUUCUUUUAGCCGCCCAAUUAACAUUUCCCACGCUCGCCGCACUCAUAAUUUAUGCUAAUUUCCGGUUGCAUAAUUCACUAAAAACGACGGAGCAAAACAAAAAAAAAAAAAAACACAGAACACAAAUAACAAGAAGAUACCUGCCAAACAUAAAAAAGUUGGGCCAAAAGUUUCCUUUGCCUUCGCAUUUUUUUCUGCCGUUUGGCGGCGAUUGCUUUAUUUGCAGCACCGUUUAUUUCCCUUACACUUUUUAUUGCUCAUAAAAUCAAAUGAUGCCUGAUUAGGAGGAGCCAACAAGCAAAAAAAAAACAGCAAAAAAGAACAAAAAGGACAUCGGCUGCUGGGGAAUCCCCCUUUUUUCUUGAACAACCAAAGUUUAAAAACAUUAACAUGCUUCUGUUAAACGAGGGAAAUUUUAACAUUCGACAGGCAGCAGAGGUUUCGCUUUUGAUUUGCAGCCGAAGAUUAGGGAUAUUUUUUAUUGGAUGUUUUUUGUUUAAGAAAAAAAUAGAAAUACGUGUGCAUGCUAUAAAAUUCAUAAUUUAUCUGUAGUUUUGUUUAGCAGAAAAAUAUUGUCUGUUUUAUGAAGCAAUAGAAAUUUUUAUUUCACUUAAUUUUAUUUAUUAAUUUUUUAUUCAUAGAUUUUUAUUUUCUAAUUUUCUUCUAGGUGAGUAACGAAAGCAUUUUAGUUUACUUUGUUGCCUGAUCCAAAAUUACUGCCGAAGGCAACAAAAACCACAAUGCGUGUGUCGUCACAAGCAAGUGUCAAUCACAGUCACCGCGCUGCAAUUGCUUCUGCCACGCCCCCUUCCCAUUCCCAGCCCUCUUUCCCCUUCCCCUUUUCCCGUACAUAUCACACACACACAACACUUUUCCAGUUUUUAAUUAAAUGAAAUGCAAGCGAAGAGUUAUAGCCGACAGUGCGCCAGAGGGAGAAAGCAGAUGAGUGAAGUGCACACAAAAUGAAAAGCCAUUAACGAAAUAUUAUAUCUGAAGAUGGAGAGAGUGGCGAUGUCAGCUGAAUCCUGUUUGGGAUAUAAAAACCGCACAAGUUUCGCAAGUUUCUAUGCAGAGAGAGAAACAGUUGUUUCCUAUAGUUCGAGGUGGGUGUUUUAAUUACCUAACAAGAAUUCAUUUCUAAAAGUUCAUAGAGAUAGGCAAUAUUCCAAUUUGCAAACUGCAUAACCAAGUAUAUAGUCUUCGAGAUCCCCCAACUCUUUACUUCUCCAAAUUCCUCUCUUGUUUUUAAGAACAUUUCACUUAUUAACUAUUUUCUUGCCGUGUGGCUUUGAUGUUAUUUAAGACAAGGCAUUUAAUAGGUACCCCCAGAAAUAUAUGUACCAUAGCUCCAGCGAACUGAGGGAGAAGUAAAACCGGAAUGGGGGCAGUUGGAGACCGCAAAUCAUAAUUGUUGCGGGCACACAAGACACAAGGCAAACGAAAAGGGGGGAAAUUUUGGUGGGAAGGGGGAGUGGCUGGGUGGCUGGGUGGCUGGGUGGCAGAACUCCUCAGAGAAGUCGUAACAAUGCAAACUGUGUGGCCACACACAAAAAGGACAUUAGCUCCUGCUCCUUGGCAGUUCGCUUCGCCUUUUGCUUUUGGCUGUUGCUCUGGCUCCUCUG